UUUUGUUUUGCAUAAUUAUGAGUUAUUAACUAACGUAGAUUAAUAACUAAUUACAUUCCUACUUUUUUAUCUACAAAUAUUAUUCGAAUAAUUUUAAAUGUGUCAUCUUGAAUAGUUCAACACUCUCGCAAAAUACGUAUUAGAAAUAUGCAUACAAAUAUAUGUAGCGCACAGUACUUUUGUCUAAUAAUUUAUCGUACCUAUUUGGUAUUUCUUAUUGCGAAUACAAGAAUAUCUCUUCUAAUUCUAUCUCAUCUUAGUUUCUUAGGUAUCGGUUCAUCUCGCUUUAUUCCAAAUAACAAGAAUAGAUAUCUUACUAAGAAUCCGCCAUGAGUCGUAGCUUCUAACACUUAUUGCGUACACGCAUGCGCAGUACGACAGUGCACGUUGGUGCAUGUCGGUGUGCACAGUGGUGUGUAAGGCGGUAUUUUGUUAAAAAAAAAUUGGCGGUCUCGUUGGAUUAAAAAUUGUGCAAAUAUUAUUUACAAAUAAUUAACAGUGCGCUGAAAUGGAUCGCCUGUCUGUUCAAUAUUGCAACGAAUAAUAUGAGUGAGUGAAUUCAAUAUUACUAAAAGUUUUCAGUAACAUUUCCUUUGGGAAAGAAUGCAAAAACCAUAGGCUAGAAUAUCGAUACGAUGUUAUAUCGACACGUAGAAACGAAAAUGACAAAAUAUAAUAAGUGUUAAAUGAUAUUUAUUUAAAAUCUAUUUGUACCAAUGCUCCGAGUCAGGUGUACUGAUGUCUCUUGCACAUCGAUAUAUUGUUUGCAUACCUACUUGCAAGGCAAGAAGCUGUGCCUUGAAUGUAUGCAGUUGAGUGCAGCCCCUCCAACUCGAGUUCUCGCUGCAACGUUCUCCGGUUUCCUCAAUCACGUUUUUUUCUCGUGUACUGAAUAAUACAUAUAAACUGAGACCAUUUCAAAGAAUGCUAACUUUAUUUCAUGACUAAUUACGAUAAGAAUGAGUGAGUAUUCCAAUGGGAAUGUUUGAAUGACUUCUAGUGUGCUUAUCUUGUAACUUAAGCCGGACCGUAUAUGAGACUUUUGUAUUUCUGAUAAAAUGUGCACACUUAGACAUUCUACCUAUAUGAAUUGCAUAUGUACACAGUAGGUUCACAUUAACACUUCCAAAUGUUGUAUUUACACGUGUACUUGAUUAAUGUAUAAGAUAACUCAGAUCACUGCAAAGCCAUGAAGAUAAGUUUCUCCUUAUCUUCACUUCAGCCGCUGAACCAUGGCUUAGAAAAGCAUGGUCAAGCGGGUGUAGUAAUAGAAAGGCCAUACAACAGUCUCACAAAAAAAAGGAAAGAUCCCAAACAAUUUCAUAAUCAGCGUUUAUGGACAAAUCGUGAAGAUUGUAAAGAUGAGUUUUGGGCAGCAAUACGGUCUAAUUAUGAUUAUAUUAUGGACACUAAUUUGAUAGAUAGUUGUAAAGAAGCUAAUGGCGAAUUAACAUGGGAUGAGACUGAUGUAUCUACACAAUCGUGGAGUUUAAAAGAAGUUAGUAGUCAAUUCUCAGAAUUAUAUUCAUGGCUGAGGGUUCUUCAAGAAUUGGUUUAUUCCAAAGAAGAAAAUUUGUUAGAUAAAAGUCUGCGUGCGGCUCACAUGGAGGAGCUGCGACGUAGGGCAUAUAGAAGAAAGUUAUUUAAUGAACAAGCUGCAAAAUUAGUGUCACAUGCCCCUGCUUUGAAAGAUGAAGUGGCGUGGCGUGUUGACCAUUUAAAUGCAAAAUGGGAAUUGGUUGAACAGAUGAUGGCACCUGUUGAUCGACUUAUAUCCGAUCAACAGGAUAUUUCGGCAGAUUUUGAACACGAAGUAAAAUGUUUGAGGAAAUGGCUUCGGGAAAUGGAAUCACGCCUACAGCCUUUGAGUUUUCACGUAGAUUGGACUUUAGCAGAACUGGAGGAAAAAGCAGUGGAACAUAUGGUACUCCAACGAGACAUAGAGGCGCACGGUCGAAUCGUGAGUUCGGUCGUGAAAUUAGGGGACAAGGUGUACAAUCAGCAGCAAGGUGAGCAGCAGCAGCAGCAGGGACAGGAGGGGCAAGAGAGGCAGGAACAACAGGAACAACGGGAACCGUCGCAGGUUUUGAGGACUGUGAAAUCUUUGGAACGCAGGUGGCAUUUGCUGUUUCUUAGAGCUUUGGAAUGGCAGUGUCACAUCGAAACUCUUGUAUCUCGCGUGAGCAGCAAGAACUUGGUGCCUUACAGCUGCAGUAGCGACAGCGACGAGGAGCCAGUCACGAAGCAGCCUCGACUCAGCCGCAGACAUUCACGGGGUUCUGGAAGGGAAUCCCCGGGUCAGUCGGCCCGUUCGACUCGCUCGAAACGCCACAGAGCCACGAGAUCGCGAUACUACGAGGAUCAAGCCGCGAGCAGAGCGGACCUCUCCGAUACGGACGCCUUUUCCGAGAAUCGAUCGAUCGGCGAUGGAUCCUAUUUCGAGGAUGAACUGUGCCAGUUGUGUGUGAUGGACAUAAAGUCCGGCGAGGGAGCGGAGAAUCCCCAAGAAAUUAAUCGAAUCUCGUGCGCGUCGGUGGACCAGGCCGAAGAGGGUGACAUCGAGGAGGACGCGGUUACGGAGGACGAGGAAUACGAUAUGCCACCUAUACCGGACACCGUCCCGUUGACGAAUUCGACGGCCAUCGUGGAGAGUUGCGAUCAGAUCGACGGCCAAUCCGGGAACGUGGAACAGUCGAACGGCAAUUUAACCGCUAACGAGCCGGUUAAACGUCGAAGAACGACCGAGGAGGUCGCAUCUUUUAACACAUCGGACAGAAAAUCGAAGAAUUACGCGACCUUUUACUUCUGCCACCUGGACACCGACUCCGAGCAGAACGAAGAGGCGGGGAUCGUGGUCGAGGACUCGUCCGAGGAGGAGUGGACGUACACGUCGUCGCGCGCCAACAACAACGUAACGAGCGAGCAACGUAAAACGAACGUGUUGGUGCGUCUCGACUUCGGCGAGGGCGAGAGCCCCGAGCCCCGGCCAACCGUGGACAUCGCGAAAACGAGCGAAAUGAAGCCUGUCAAAGAGACGUGCAAACACGUCUCGGAGGGUGUCGACGAGACUUCAAACGAAACCGACGCGUCCUCCCAGCGGGAGAAGGACAGCGACGACGAAACGAGAAACGACAAGACGAGGAUACAGAGGCUUAUCAAGGAGGUGGAGAAAUUGGUCGGGGAGGAGAGGCGAAACGGGGCCCCGAGGACCUUCUCUCAACUCAUUCUCGACGACAAGGGUAGCAGUAUCACGAAUAAUCACAGGGCCAAGUACGCGAGAAUCAAGGAAUGGUUGAAAUUGAACAACGUACGGGGCCACGAGGGGCGAUCCACGUUGCAGCCGUUGGAUAGCUGCGAUGCGAGCGGCGAGUACACGACGGAAGAUUCCGACGUGGAGAGGCAGUCGGUCUCGUCCGAGGAUCUGCAGAGCAGCGUGGCCACGUAUCGAAGAUUCGAGGGAGCGCUAGGCUGCACGUCCGUGUCGCAGGAGAUAUUCGACGACCCGGAGAGGACACCGGUGAACGAGGGCCACCCGAUGCUGAUGGACGCGGCCACGCCGAAGGUAGUGAUGCGCACCAAGCAGAAGACGAACGGGCCCAGGCCGUGGAGCGUCUCCUGCAUCUCGCAGAUCGGCAACAAUUCCAAUUUGAAUCAGACCAACGACCCGAUCUCCCAGUUCUCCAUCAGCGAGACGGCGCUGCAUCAGCUAAUCGCCACUCCGCCGACCAAGUCCGUGUCCCUCGAUGCGACAGGAUCACGGAAAUCGUUCAACAAUUCAACGUCCACGUUGCUCGAGGAAUCGAUCAUUUGCCACGACGGCCGCAUGGUUCGAAACAGCUCGUUGCGGAGGAAGAAGAGCAGGUUGCGCAAGAAGAAUCUGGGUCGCAAGAGCGACUCCAGCUUGGAAGGUGUGAACGGCGCGAAUCAUUCGGCGGGAAGCGACGGGAGCUCGUCGAACCAGCAACGAUCACCCCGAAAGGUGAGCGGGAAUCGCGCGAUGCGCACUAUUUCGAGAGACUGUCACGGCCGUUUGACCACCCUCGUGAAAUCCGGCUCGUUCUCCGGGUGCACCGCCCACCAGCAACUCUCCGCCGAGAGGACGAUCGUCAGCGACCCGACACCGCCGUUCAGGUUACCCUGCUGCACUUCGGUGGCUUCCACGUCCGAGACGGAGGGCGAGGAGCAACGUAAUCGCGCGCGCGGCUGCUUCCCCUUCGACGACAAUCUGUUCGACACCGUGCUCAACAACAAGGAGCUGUGCAAUCAGCAGCUGAAUAUGGAUAGCGAUAUCGAGAUGAACAGUCUUGGGAACAACUCGUUCUCCGAGCAAGCUUGGGAUAAUUAUCAGGAGAAAUAUAUGAGCGAGCCGUACAGCGAAGCACCGGAUAUAGAAACGGCAAGAAGAUUGUUGGACUUUGGGGACGAUUAUCGAAACUUUCUUGAUAGUCAGUCCGAUUGUGCCUCCAGUAUGAGCGCAAUAGCCGCUAGUUCUCCACUGCCCAGAAGUCGUAUGCAUCAUGAAAUAACGGAUACGACGGAAGAUAGCGAUAGCGACGUAGACGAUAUCCGGAACAUAGUGGAGAAAUCGCAAAGUCAAUUGUCACUAGCCGAGAAUUUGUUCUCGAGGUCGAACAACGGCUCGAUGCCAGAAGAUUUCACGGAACUCGAGUGCACGUGUAGAGAAAAUCUGCGGUGUCUGCACACGUUGUUAGAGUCUGUCAGCAAUUCGUUCCGAAGCGAAAAAUACGUCAAGCAAAUCCGUGGCAUGCUGGAGAAAUGGGAAUCCUUGACCACCAGAGUGGAGGAAACACAGAUGGCCACUGCGCUUCACCGGGAGUUAACCACUCUGCGCACGGAAUUCAAAGCUGCGCACGACAGACUUUUCUCGUACGAGAUCAUGUUGGAGCAGCCGCACGUCCUCGACGAGAGAAUUAAUCGAAUCACGGCCGAACUGGCAGCGUUGAGGGAUCGCAAGGCGGCUAUGCUGGCGUUGAACGUCUCGACGCACAGACUGAUCACCGAUCUAGGCAACUCCGCCUCGUUGAUCUUCACUGCGCUCAAGGAUGGUGUGGCGGAUCUGUAUCGCGUCUGGGACGAAACCUUUCAAAAAGGCAAUCAACAAUUGUGCGCUCUGCAAGCCGUCCAACAGUUUAGUAUACGUUUGUCGGAGCUUCAGUGCGCUUUGCGGAGGGAUAAAGACACGCUUGCAGUUUUGGACGUGGCCCUACAGGCGGGAGCCACUUCGGAGGUUGCAUCGUCAGUUCGUCACGUCGCAAGGUUGUUGUCCGAGAAACAAGACAUCAGUUGUCAGAACGGGACGGUGGUGUUGAAAGACUCGAGCACGGAGGAAGUGGGCAGCGGCGUGUCGGGGAAAUUCGGCGACUCGUCGCCGAUCAGUCUGACCGAAGGUGGCUCGCUGUCCGACAGCGGGAUCUCCGACAGCGGAAGCGAGCAAGAGUUGAGCGAGCGGGAGAGAAGAUUGGCCGCCCUUCGCCGAUUGACGCGCAGCUUGGAGAGUCAGCUGGCGCCCGGAAGCGAGGCCCUGGUCGAGCUCCUGAAACGUGUCGAGGACGCGGAAACGGAACUAAGGGAUCUUCAGAAGCAGUGCAGAGAAUUGAUCGUGCGCACGGCGGCCAGUGUCGAGGCGAGAGCUGCCAAGAGGACGAGCAGCAACCAGGUUCAUCAUUUCGUCGAGUAUCGAGAUGACGCUCUCUGUUGGACAGACAGGAAACCGUCCGUGGACGACGUUGGAAAUCCUACCUCUGUCAACGCACGAUUUGACGAGAGACACUACGCUUUCGAAAGUAUCCUCGAGCUGCGCAAGGAGAAGAGCAGGGACGCUGCCAGGUCUCGAAGGGGGAAAGAGAACUUCGAGUUCUACGAGUUAGCGAAAAUGUUGCCAUUACCGGCGGCUAUUACCUCCCAGUUGGACAAAGCCUCUAUAAUAAGGCUAACCAUCUCGUACCUCAAACUUCGGGAGUUCUCGGGCCACGGAGACCCGCCAUGGAAUCGGGAUGGGCCACCGCCAAAUAAAUCUGGCAAAGGUGCGAAUCGAGUUAGGUCAUCGGCAUCCGCUGCUAUGGACCAUUUCGAUGUACAUCAGGGUACCCAUAUUCUUCAGUCGCUGGACGGGUUCGCGAUGGCGGUCGCCGCUGAUGGACGGUUCCUGUACAUAUCCGAGACCGUCUCAAUUUACCUUGGACUCUCACAGGUAGAGAUGACGGGUUCAAGCGUUUUCGAUUACGUUCAUCAGCAAGACCACGCGGAAGUAGCAGAACAAUUGGGCCUCGGGUUGACAUCGAGCACCUCUUCCGGUCCACAUUCAUCCAGCUCUGGCCUAGCAUCGCCGAGUAGCGCGGCAUCCGAAGAACAUGGAUCUUCCUCCACAGCGAAUCCCGACGUAUCCUCAGUGAUGUCGUUAUCAGCGAAUAAUCUCUACAAAGGAUACGACAGAGCAUUCUGCGUCCGGAUGAAAUCCACCCUAACGAAAAGGGGAUGUCAUUUUAAAUCUUCUGGUUAUAGGGUCGUGUUGUUACUGUGCCGUUUGAGACCGCAGUAUACGUUUAGCCAUACAAGAAAGUCCGCGCCACCGUUAAUAGGCAUGGUUGGCCUGGCGAUCGCACUUCCUCCGCCAAGUGUGCACGAAAUUCGCCUCGAAACCGACAUGUUCGUCACGCGGAUCAACUUCGAUUUUCGGAUAGCACACUGUGAACCAAGGGUAUCCGAAUUACUAGAUUAUACAGCGGACGAAUUGACGGGAAAGAAUUUGUAUACGUUGUGCCAUGGAGAAGAUGCAAAUCGUCUUCGAAAGUCUCACAUCGACCUGAUUCACAAGGGGCAAGUGUUGACGCAUUAUUAUAGGUUGAUGAACAAAAGUGGGGGAUAUACGUGGCUACAAACGUGUGCCACGGUAGUAUGCAAUUCGAAAAACGCCGAGGAACAAAAUAUCAUUUGUGUCAAUUAUGUUAUAAGCGGUCGUGAAUACGAAAAUUUAAUCAUGGACUGUUGUCAACUGGAGGAAGGCGUUAUGGGUGUGAAACGCGAGGAUGCUGCUGGAAACGAUCCAGAAAAUGGAUCCCCGGACGCCGAUAGAGGAGAGGGAAGAAACCACGGUGGACCGCCAAACCAGCAUCAGGAGCAUCCUCACAGGUCGCCGCCGGAAGAUCGCGAAGAUACUCGUGGCUCGGAGAGCGAGAAACGAGGCAGCCGGCAUCACGACAGCAUAGCCCAGCUUCAGCAAGAGCCGCAGACGGCGGUAGGGAACAUUAGCACGCUCGUAGUGAAAUUGCGCGGACACAAGCGGAAGUUGCACGAGGAUGAUAGCAGCUCGAACGAGGAAGAGGACGAGGAGGACGACUCAACGGUGAAAGUCACGAAUAACGAGAGAAGCCACGCUCUAAGUCCAGCUCCAUCAAACCAUUCCAUUUCAGGAGGUGAGCAAAUACUGUGCUCGGCCAGUCCGAAAUCAAGACGAGUGGAAGAUAGAACGAGCAACGCCGACAGUACAGGCACCUCCGUGAAAGAUCUAGAACAGGCCAUGUCCAAGCAUUUGCCGGUUCAGAAUCUCAAUAAGUCCCAUUCACCGACUCUCCACCAACCUACCGAUUUCAGUACGGACGCUUUGCUGAAGCAGCAACAACAGAGGAGCACGAUACAAUGGAUCGGAGCGCAUCAUCAUCUGGGACAUCUAAGCCCACAACAGUCGAGCACCGCGCCAUUACCAGCAUCCGCUCUUCUACGACAAUUGUACGCCAACAGGGAGAGCGUGAUACGAGCCAAUGUUCACGGAAUCACGUCCAGCGGUACCACGAGAACCUCUUCUUCCGGCGGCACUUACUACGCCGGGGACACGACACCUAGCGGCCCUUUGCCUACUCCACCUGGCUCCGAAGGAUCCAGCACCUACGGUGAACAUCAAUUCGUGUUAGCGACGCACAAUCAAAAAAGUUCGAGUGGAACUAGUUGCGCCGAUGCGUUUACCAGCUUGGUUUCCUCUUAUUCCACGGCCACCGGUUACACGGUUGAUUAUCAUUCGGCGAUGACUCCACCGUCAUCCGUUUCACCGAGGGACAAGCAGCAGCAACAGCAGCAACAACAACUCCAUCCGGUGAACGUGAUAAGCAGCUACGAGGGUUCGUCGGCCUACACUGACCCUGUGCUACGCCAUCAAUACGAGCCAGCGCAGCCAUUGCCUCUGAAGCCUCAAGUAUAUUCGGCUGCCGUUCAUCCAAGCGCAUUGGACGCUGCCGCGGCCUACGCCUCGGCUGGUUUGAGCGAGCAAGCGCAAUUUUACCAUCAUCCGGCCGCUGGAGCUGGUUUCCACAUUUACCAUCCGACCAACAAAUCGACGACAAACGGUUGGUAUAGUUCGACGUCCUAGUGGCGUGCGCCAGCACGCGAGAGACGUGUACUUAAGUAACUGAAAAUUCUGAGCCCAAAGUCCCCACAUGCAUAUCAGUGAUAUCAUAUUCACCUCGGCAUCUCUUGUACACCGAUUUUCCUCUCGUUUCCCCUCUCUCCUUUCGCGUAUAUUCAAUGUUCAUUUCCUUCCUUUUUCCUUCGUUUUAUCCAUGUUUCGCUUCAUCAUUUACGUUUCAUCUUUGUUACAAGUUCAUCGUUUUUGUCUUCCUCCUCCAAAGAUGGUUUUUUUUUCUUUUUUUUUUAUUUCGCUUCAUUUUUCUCCUAUAUCUUUUUCUCGCGAUCCUAGCGAUCGUGCACGCGCAUCUGAUGUGCCAAUUGAACUGUAAAAAUCGCUGCUCUCUAUUCUCGAUUAUUGUAGAACGACUUAUUGUAAUAUAACAGAAAUAAAUUAUUAUGUAUGUUGACAUUUUCGGAAGUAUUCGCGUAAGCAAAUGGAAGGUAGUAGUUUCUAAAAGAAAAUGAAAAGGGGAAAAAAAAAAAAGAGUAACAAAGAAGGGAAGGGAAAAUAUGAGAUAGAGGACAAGAAUAUGUUCGAAGCUACGCUCAAGGGGCAAAACGGUGAAUCUCGAAACGCGGUGACCAAUCAAAUUGCACGAUUAGUUGUCCCAUUGUAAGAACAAGUGCAUGAAAAGAGAAAUAACAAAGAUACGAAAAAAUGAAGGUUUAUCAGCAUUUCUUGCUGUAAAAUAAACGCCGGCGUGGUUGUUAGCGAUAAAUUUACUCGAGAAGCCGUACUUGUCGUAAAUUUUUUAUACUUGUAACAUUUUGUUGCGUAAAUACAAUGACUUUAGUGAAGUCGACAGUGCAAUCGUUACACGUUUUUUAGCAUUAAUUUAAGAAGGAUAGAGAAGAAUAAUGUUUACCUUUUUGCUUAUAAUGUAAACAAAAGAGGCGUUGUUUCCGUACGAAAGAAAGCGAGAAAGGAAGAGUGAAAGAAAAAAGAGAAUGAGAGAGAAACAGAGAGAGAGAGAGAGAGUGUGUAUAUUACUUACGAAGGAAAUCGCUAUCUCUAUUAAUGUACAAAAGCAUUGUUAAUUAUAUUUUAGCAUUGUUAAUUUAUUUGAUCGCUUAUCUUUUAUCUAUCAUCUGUUACUUUUAUCGUUGCCACCAAGAAUUGGAUUAUUAAAUUUUUAUCAUUCGAAUCUUCUUAGCAUUAACAUUCUUGUCAACGUGUUAAUACAUAUCAAUUUGUCCUAUAAAGAUAAAUCACUGCCUUACCAAUUACGAUAAAAAAUUAUAUAAAAAAUAAUUCAAAUAAAUGUAAAAAAUGCUUAAUUUUUUUCUGAAAGGUAAAAAAUUUUAUUAGUGUGCAACGAAUGUUUAUUUUUAUAUAAAAAUUAUAAAAUAUGGAUAAAUGUUGUUAGAGGUAGCGAAUUCUUUCAGAGAGAUUAUGUUUUGUUGUAAAUUGAUAAAUUGUUUUUGACGAGUACACGUGUAAAUACAAUUUUAUGUGCUGUAAGAUCCACCUGUUGAAUAUUUCUAUUCAUAAUUUUUUGAAAUAUUUCUACGGAAUUUAUUUUCGUUGAAGGAAUAUUGUAAGGCAGUGACUUAAGCAUUAAAAUAUAUGCAUAACGUCUCCAUCUUGAUAAAAACAAAACUUUGUGAUUCAGUGCAGUUUUCACCCUUGGGAUUCAUUAAAAUUAUGGAAUAAAAUUAUAAAUGAUCAAA